ACAAAGAAGACAAGAAUGGCUUAUAGAUUAUGGCGGGUAAAAUGUUUCAAGCUAAUCAAAACAUUUCUUUUCCAAAUAAACAAUGUUGCUAGCGCCAUCUAAUGGGUUCUUUUCUUCUGUUCCCAUGUGGUAUUCGGUCCGACUGUGGAGCUGAGAAAGGGACAUAUCGCAGCAACUCCAAUGCAUUCGGAAAUGGCUCUGUUCGGCGAAUUUCAAGUGAGAAGCAUUAAAAAUAUGGGUUUUGGGAAGAACCCAUGAACGUCUAGUGCCUGAAAGGUGGUCUGCUUUGGACUUGCUGCUUCAGAGUCUCUCAUCUUCAGUCUCUCACUGUUCUGCUCCUUCUUCUUCUUCUACUUCUAUUGUUGUCUAUACUUCUCUGCUGCUACAUUGGGGUUGUGGGUUUUGAUUUUCGACUAAGAAUGUGUGAUAUUUUGAGGGAUUGAUGUGAGAAAAUGGAAAGUAGUUUAGCUGGGGGGAGGUCUCUGGCCGAGACUCCAACUUGGUCUGUUGCUACGGUGACGACUGUGAUGGUUAUGGGCUGCUUGUUGGUUGAACGAUCCAUUUACCGGUUUGGAAAGUGGUUAAAGAAGACGAGAAGGAAGGCUCUCCUUGCUUCUUUAGAGAAGAUUAAAGAAGAGUUAAUGUUGCUUGGGCUUAUAUCUCUGAUGCUGGGGCAAUGGGCAAGAUGGAUUUCUGAGAUUUGUGUUGAUUCUAAACUUUUCGAUAGUCGAUUCUUCCUCUGCUCCGAGAAGGAUUAUGACAACAUUGAAAUUAUAAGUGCACAUUCUUCCCUGAAUCUGACGGAUAUUCCUGCAAAAGAUAUCACUAAUCCCUCUUCAUUUCAUCAAUGUGGUGAGGGUCGGGAACCAUUUGUUUCAUUUGAAGGUCUUGAGCAGCUCCAUCGUUUCUUGUUUGUACUUGGGAUCACUCAUGUGUUGUAUAGCUGUGUUACAGUGGGUUUAUCAAUGGUCAAGAUUUACAGCUGGAGGACAUGGGAAAACCAGGCAAGGUUGGUGCCUGAAGGAAAUUUGCAAGCAACAAGGAACAAGGUGAUGAGGCGGCAGACUACUUUUGUCUUCCAUCACACAUCCCAUCCAUGGAGCAGGAGCAGGGUUCUCAUUUGGAUGCUUUGCUUUCUACGUCAGUUCAAAAGUUCUAUUGAGAAGUCCGAUUACAUGGCACUACGCUUGGGUUUCAUCACUAAUCAUAAACUGCCACUUUCCUAUGAUUUUCAUAAAUAUAUGGUCCGGAGCAUGGAGGAUAAGUUUCAUGGCAUAGUAGGUAUCAGCUGGCCAUUGUGGGGUUAUGCUAUACUGUGCAUCUUCGUAAAUAUUCAUGGGCUUAAUAUCUACUUCUGGGUGUCCUUUAUCCCUGUUAUUCUGGUAAUGUUGGUUGGUACAAAACUCCAACAUAUUGUCUCCCUAUUAGCUCUUGAAAUUUCUGAAUCAACGGGCCCUGCUGCCACAGCACAAGUAAAGCCACGUGAUGAUCUCUUUUGGUUUGGAAAGCCAGAUAUUCUGUUAUGGUUGAUACAGUUUAUCUCCUUUCAGAAUGCGUUUGAAAUGGCAACUUUUAUCUGGUCCCUGUGGGGGUUCAAGCAACGAUCAUGUUUCAUGAAGAACCAUGUUAUGAUUGUCAUCCGCCUAACUUCUGGGCUACUUGUUCAGUUUUGGUGUAGCUCUUGUACAGUGCCUCUUAAUGUGAUUGUCAAUCAGAUGGGAUCCAAGUGUAAGAAAGCCUUGAUUGCAGAGAGUGUUAGAGAUUCACUCCAUAGUUGGUGUAAAAGAGUGAAAGAGAGGUCUAAACAUUCACAUCAUGGGGUGGCAAGAUCAGUUUGUUCUCUUGAUUCAACAAUAGAUGAGACGGAUGAAAUAAUUACGGUUGGUUCAGGCACUUUAUCUCGUUCCAAUUCCACAGCUUCACUGAAUCAGGAGACUGCAGAAUUCACAGAAAAGCAAGAGACAGUUUUCGAGAUCUAUGAUAAUCCCCAAUUUGACCAUUCCUUUCGAAUUUCUCCUGAUUCAUCUGAAUCACCAAGUGAAAGAUCAUUGCAACUUCCUACUGACAAUCCAGAACAAACUUCAGCCGAUGAAGACUGCAAGGUUACUACUCUUCUCGAUUUAUUUAAAGAAACAUGAACUAUUGAUUCACCUUGUGGU